AUGAGUCGCGGGACCUACAAAGGUUUGCAGAAGUUCUGGGAUUUCGAUGAUAUAACUCAAUAUGGCAGAGUUCAUUAUAUUGAAUUCGUAGCACCAGUGGUAUUGACCUUGGGGCUGUCCAUGUUUGUGGUUCAAAACAUAGCUAGACAUUAUUAUCGAUAUGAUAUUCUCAAACAGAAGAAGACUUCUGUGAUAGAAGAGCUGCUACUGGAUGAGCAAGCACUUGGGGAAGAACUAAAUCGUCAAGGUGAGCAUGAAGAGGUCGAUCCUCUGCUACCAAGAGAGAGACAAACGUCACAAUAUCAGUCACUACAAAAAUAUUUCAGUGGUGAUGAUUCAUUAAAGGAAAAGCAUUUCUCCAUAGAGAGAAUUCAACCAAUAAAAACUAAUGGUAGACCCCAUGGCAAUCCAAUUAUUGUCAAAAGGGACUUUUUAGAAAAGAGCAGAGUAAUCAUCGAAUUUCUUCUGGUGGGAUUUGAAGUGAUGCUACAGUUGUAUCGAUUUUUACAUUUAAGUAGUACCAAAAAAGAGUUCAUGAAGCAGUCAAGUUCUGCUCUAUUUAUUGAAUGGUGUUUCCUACUCUUUGUGGUAGCAGCAAGAUUAGUAAAUAUUAAUGAUGACGUUAAAUGGGUCAAUCUCUACCCUGGUAACCUAUGGUCUGUAUCGUUCUUUGCGUAUAUGAUUAUUUUUUUCACUUAUAUUCUACCUUUCCGCUCUGUCUUGAUUGGUAAUAUCACCGACAAAAUUCUCCAAAGAUAUUAUAUCACACAAACCUUUGUUACUGGUGCAUUGUUCUUGAAUCUGUUCACUGCCAGAAUUGGUAAUCAUCACGCCAUCCUUUAUGAUUCUGGUGAAGGUGUCUAUCCAUCUCCAGAGCCUGUCGCUUCCAUCGCCACAUUCAUAGGUUGGUCUUGGUUAGAUAAGAUGGUAUGGAAAGCACAUCAAGUAACUUUAGAGAAAGGAGACGUUUGGGGUCUAGUCAUGGAAGAUUAUUCGAUGUUUGUGGUAAAGAGAUUCGAUAGGUUCAAACAAAAAUUUGCUACUAAGAGGCAUUUCUCAACAUUUCUUUUCAUAUUCUUCUCAAAAUAUUUACUUCUACAAGCGUUUUGGGCUGCACUUGAUGGUAUUAUAACUUUUAUCCCAACAAUUCUACUAAAAAGAAUUUUAGAGUACGUUGAUGAUCCAACCACCGCAUCUGCUAACUUAGCUUGGUUUUAUGUUUUUGGAAUGCUAGCUUGUAGGAUAUUUGUUGCCAUUACCCAGGCUCAAGCUUUAUUUUUUGGGAGAAGAGUGUGUAUAAGACUUAAGAGCAUUAUCAUCUCUGAAGUCUAUUCCAAAGCUCUGAGAAGAAGCGUAGCCGCAAAUAAUAAAUUUGGUGAUGAAGAACCGAACAAAGCAGACGCCAAUCAAGAUAAUGACACCCUUGCAAAUCUUAAUGAUGGAGACAAGGAAAGCUCAGAAAAGGAUCAAACUUCCAAUAUUGGGGCUAUUAUCAAUUUGAUGGCUGUAGAUGCAUUUAAAGUGUCAGAAAUUUGCGCAUACCUUCAUACAUUUAUUGAAGCCAUGGUUAUGAGUGUUGUGGCAUUUUCUUUGCUUUACAAAUUACUUGGGUACGCUGCAAUUGUUGGUAUCUUAAUUGUUAUCGGUAUGAUCCCUGUAAACUUCAAGCUAGUAAGUCUUAUGGGAAAAUAUCAGAAAAAAGCUUUAGGCAUCACUGAUAAACGUAUUCAAAAACUAAACGAGGCUUUACAAGCUAUCCGUAUCAUUAAGUUUUUUUCAUGGGAGGAUAACUUUUUUAGUGAGAUUGAUGAAAUUAGAGAAGCUGAGAUUCAAAUGUAUAUUAAUAAAGCAUAUGCAUGGGCAUUCUCUGCCUUCAUUUGGUUUUUAACUCCUACCAUUGUUACUGGUGCAUCUUUCACAGUAUAUAUAUAUGUUCAAAAGCAAGUAUUAACUGCGCCAGUUGCCUUUACAGCCCUUGCUUUGUUCCAACUAUUAAAACAACCAUUAGAUCAACUAUCCAAUAUGCUAAGUUAUGUUAUUCAGUCGAAAGUUUCUUUAGAUAGGGUGCAAAACUUUUUGGAUGAGGAGGAUACUCAAAAGUAUAACCAAUUGAAAGUUGCACCAGAUGGUAAUAAACUAGCUUUUGAGAAUGCAACUAUAGCGUGGAGUAACAAUAACCAAGAUUUCAAGCUGAAAGAUUUGGACAUUAACUUCAAGAUUGGAAAAUUGAAUGUCGUAAUUGGUCCCACAGGUUCUGGUAAAACUUCUUUACUUUUGGCUUUAUUAGGUGAGAUGCAACUGUUGAGUGGACGUAUUGUUGUUCCAUCACUAGAUGCGCGUCAUGAAAUGCUAAUCGAUAGUGAUGGUAUGACAAAUUCGAUAGCAUAUUGCUCUCAAAGUGCAUGGCUUUUGAAUGAUACUGUAAGAAACAACAUCUUAUUCUAUUCUCCUUAUAAUGAGGAUAGAUAUAAGGAGGUAAUUAUUGCUUGUGGUUUGAAACGUGAUUUUGAGUUGUUUGAUGCUGGCGACCAGACAGAAAUUGGUGAAAAAGGUAUAACACUUUCAGGAGGCCAAAAACAAAGGAUAUCUUUGGCCAGAGCACUUUAUAGCAAUUGUCGACACUUACUUCUCGAUGAUUGCUUGAGUGCUGUGGAUUCUCAUACUGCAGCCUGGAUAUAUGAUAAUUGUAUCACCGGUCCACUAAUGGAAGGAAGGACUUGUGUUCUAGUCUCUCAUAACAUUGCCCUAACCUUGAAAAACGCAGAACUAGUAGUAAUGCUAGAAAAUGGUAGAAUUACGAAUAGAGGUGAUCCUAUCUCAUUAUUAAAGGAUGGAAUUUUAGGAGAGGAUGAGCUCGUCAAGAGUAGUAUUCUUUCUCGUAAUAACUCUACUUCAAAUUUUGCUAACAGUUCCGCUGAUCUUAGAAAAAUGGCAGACGAGAGCAAUGCCCGUAAACCUGAAGAAUCAGAAAACCCUGAUUUGAAAAAGGGUAAAUUGAUCAUGGAAGAGACGAAAUCGGAGGGUGUAGUUGGGAAAGAUGUCUAUUUAUGGUAUUUGAACGUUUUUGGUGGCUGGAAAAUUAUGUGUUUCUUGUUAUUAAUCUUUAUUACGACACAAAUGGUCCAAAUUAGUCAAUCUUGGUGGGUUAGGGCUUGGGUUUCAAGAAAGUUAAAAGUUGGUUUACAAUUCUGGUCUACGAAUAAACUAUUCACCACUAAUGUUCCCUUAUUGGAACUGAAACAGCAUUGGUUAUCAACUGGUACAUAUCUAAAUUCAAAUGUCUCUCCAUUGAAGGGAAAAAACGCUACCCAUACAACAUUGUACUACCUUUCGAUUUACUUUGCUAUAGGUAUUACACAAGCCUUGUUUGCUGGUACUAAAACCGUUAUCAACUUUGUUGCAGGCAUCAAUGCUUCACGCAGAAUAUUUAAGAAACUACUUUCCAAGGUACUCCAUUCUCGUUUGAGAUUUAUCGACUCCACACCAAUUGGUCGUAUUAUGAAUCGUUUUUCCAAGGAUAUUGAAGCCGUAGAUCAAGAGUUGACUCCCUUUUUAGAAGCUGCCUUUUUCUGUUUGGUCCAAUGCAUUUCGACAAUAAUAUUAAUUACAUUCAUUACCCCACAAUUCUUAUUUGUGGCUGUUCUUGUCUGCGUUUUGUAUUAUUUGGUGGGUUACUUCUAUAUUAAUACUUCAAGAGAACUCAAGAGAAUAGAAUCGAUAACAAAAUCACCAAUUUAUCAACACUUUUCAGAAACACUAACCGGUGUUGCUACAAUUAGAGCAUUUGGCGAUGAGAUUAGAUUCAUAAUGCACAAUCUAGAAAAGAUCGAUGAAAAUAAUAAACCAUUUUUUUACCUGUGGGUUGCCAAUAGGUGGCUAGCUUUCAGAAUUGAUAUGAUUGGUGCUCUAAUUAUUUUUGGAUCCGGUGUAUUUAUUCUAUUAAACUUAAAUAGAAUUGAUUCUGGUAUGGCUGGUAUUUCUCUCACGUAUGCUAUUUCAUUUACUGAAGGCGCUCUUUGGUUGGUGAGAUUCUAUUCAACGGUUGAAAUGAACAUGAAUUCAGUGGAAAGACUAAAGGAAUACAUGGAUGUUCCACAAGAACCAUAUAACGAAGGUACUAUCACUACUUCGACCAAUUGGCCAACAGAAGGAAAAAUUGAAGUUAAGGAUUUGUCUCUGAGAUAUGCAGAAAAUCUUCCAAGAGUUAUCAAAGAAGUUUCAUUUGACAUUGAACCUCAUAACAUGGUUGGCAUUGUUGGCCGUACAGGUGCAGGUAAAUCCACUAUUAUAACUGCACUUUUCAGAUUUUUAGAACCAGAAACGGGAUCAAUUAAAAUUGACGGAAUAGACAUCACUUCAAUCGAUCUACAAACACUAAGAAGAUCGAUAACAAUCAUCCCUCAAGAUCCAACCUUGUUUACUGGUACUAUUAGGUCUAAUCUAGACCCAUUUGGUAAAUAUCCAGAUGAGGAGAUUUUCAGAGUUUUGCAUAGAGUUAAUUUAAUAGACGACGAUGAAAUGACUGCUCAAAGUAGUGAUAAUAAUUCCUUAUCUUCUGAUAACGUAAACAAGUUUUUGAAUUUGGAAAAUGAAAUAACGGAGGGAGGUAAUAAUUUAUCUCAAGGUCAAAAGCAGUUAAUGUGUUUAGCUAGAGCAUUAUUGAGAAAUCCGAAGGUAAUUUUAUUAGAUGAAGCAACGGCUUCAAUUGAUUAUGCCUCUGAUGCAAAAAUCCAGCAAACUAUUAGAAAUGUAUUUGAUAAGAGUACUGUAUUGACAAUUGCUCACAGAUUGAGGUCAGUUAUAGAUUACGAUAAGAUUCUAGUAAUGGAUGCUGGUGAAGUCAUUGAAUAUGAUCAGCCAUAUACUUUAUUGUUGGAUAAAAACAGUCAUUUUUACUCGAUGUGUGAGCAAAGUGGUGAGCUUGAGACUUUGAUAGAUUUAGCUAAAAAGGCCUUUGUUAAAAAAAUGAAUGCGGAGUAG